ACGUGUGAGAUGGAGAAUAACCAUAACGGAGAAACGCAGGAGGAACCCGUGGCCUCUGGGCAUGCCUCCUUUUGUGGCUAUGAUUCUCUUCACUGUCUUCUCAAGGAUAAUCUCAACCCUCAUCACUUCCAGAUGCAACUUUCAAGAGAUCUCAACACAUAACACCUGUAUAGUUCCAUUUGCUAAAUUGAUCUUGUUCAUUGUUUCACGUGGUCCUUUAACUUUUCUUAUGAGUUUGACUCCCAACCUGUAUGUACUCAAAAUCGUGGUUAAACGUCAAAGAUUUUGUACUCGUAGGGAUCAUGGAGUGAAUGGGUUCUUCUAAUUGAUGCUUGUUUCUAAAGCCACUGAAGUCAGCCGUUUGCUUACUGGGUUUAAUUGUGGAAAAGCGCUUGAAACAAUUACUCUCCCUGAAUCUGUUACAGCUCUCUCUGUGGAACACGGUUUUGACCUCCAGGCUUUUUGCUUUCAUGCUGACAAAGAACUAUUAAGAGAACCUCAAGUAGUGAGGGUUGGUUUGAUUCAGAACUCUAUUGCCCUUCCAACAACUGCUCACUUUGUGGACCAAAAGAAGGCUAUCUUUGAGAAACUAAAGCCGAUGAUUGAAGCUGCCGGCUCUUCUGGAGUCAACAUAUUAUGCUUGCAAGAAGCAUGGAUGAUGCCAUUUGCUUUCUGCACACGAGAGAAGAGAUGGUGUGAAUUUGCAGAACCUGUUGAUGGGGAAUCAACAAAAUUUUUGCAAACCUUUGCACUAAAAUAUAACAUGGUGAUUAUAAGUCCAAUUCUUGAGAGGGAUAUUAAACAUGGAGAUGUUAUCUGGAACACUGCCGUUGUAAUUGGUAAUCACGGCAAUAUAAUUGGAAAACACAGGAAGAACCAUAUACCAAGAAUUGGGGACUUCAAUGAGAGUACAUAUUAUAUGGAAGGAAAUACUGGCCACCCUGUAUUUGAAACAGCAUUUGGAAAGAUUGCCAUUAAUAUAUGUUAUGGUAGGCACCAUCCCUUAAAUUGGUUAGCCUUUGGCUUGAAUGGUGCGGAGAUUGUUUUCAACCCUUCUGCCACUGUUGGUGAACUCAGCGAACCAAUGUGGCCAAUAGAGGCACGUAAUGCUGCCAUAGCAAAUAGUUACUUCGUUGCUUCAAUCAAUCGCGUUGGAAGUGAGAUAUUCCCCAAUCCAUUUACUUCUGGUGAUGGAAAGCCAGCACAUGCAGAUUUUGGGCACUUUUACGGCUCCAGUUAUAUUUCAGCACCAGAUGCAUCAUGCACGCCGUGGCUAUCACGCCACAGGGAUGGCUUAUUGAUAUCUGACAUGGAUCUCAACUUAUGUCGACAGCUGAAAGACAAGUGGGCUUUCAGAAUGACCUCACGGUAUGAUAUUUAUGCAGGUUUACUUGCACGCUAUUUGAGACCAGACUUUGAGCCCCAAGUCAUCAGUGAUCCCUUAUUGUAUAAGAAACCCUCCUAAACGAUGCUUGAAAGUGUGUUUAACAUGUGUUCACUGCAUGAUAUGUAUGCAGUGAUACUUGCACGCUAUGUGAGACCAGACUUUGAGCCCCAAGUCAUCAGUGAUCCCUUAUUGUAUAAGAAAUCCUCUUAAACAUGCUUGAAAGUGUGUUUAACAUGUGUUCACUGCAUUUAGUUCAGAUUGUGGUAUGUGGUGGGAUGGUCAUAACAAACAACCUCCAAAUAAAGUUUCCGGAUUACUGAUUGAUAUAUUAAAUUCAGUUAUUAGUAGAUUGGAAAAC